AUGUAUUUAUUAAAACUAACAAGACGACUAAGUAUUUCAUCCCGAAAAUUCACAAGUGAAUUUAACUUUGAAAGAAAGUUCAAAGUUGGCGAUAAGGUUUCGGUUGUUAGAAAAAUAACCGACGAUGAUGUACUGAAUUUUGCGAAAUUAACAAAUGAUUAUAAUCCCAUUCAUGUAAGUGCAGAGAAGAAAUUAGUACACGGCGCUUUGCUAAAUGGAUUUUUGUCCGGAGUACUUGGAACGAAACUUCCUGGACCCGGGACGAUUGUCAUGACUUUGCGACUUGUAUUACUUUUAUUCUGUGUGUCUGCUGUACGUGGAAGAGAACAUGAAAAUUCGGCAUCAGUCGUCAACAAUAUUACUCCAGAUUAUACAGAUGAUAAUUCAACAAUUACAACAGAAGCUCCUUUAGGCUGCGUCUGCGGUAUCUAUCUUUUUGAAGCGAAAAAAUUGACCAAAGAAUUACCAGAAGGAGAUCCUGUUAUCAGUCAUAAUAUUUCUGAAAAGUUUCCUAACAAUCCCGAUGGUCAUAAAUCUGCGCUAAAUCGCGAUUGUUACAAAGAACGAGCUCAUUUAUUUAUAAGGAAUGGCAGUGAUAAAUGGAUCCGGACAAACUUAUCAGCUGGUCGAGAGUAUUGCUGCAAAAACAAUCUACCUUACAAGUGUUAA